UCAGACCUUUGUUCUCAGACUUUUUGAGACUUUGCAUUGGAAACUGGAGAAUAAACCAAAGUAACUCACUGAACAAUGUGACUUUGUGUGCAUCUCGUGUGUGCAGUGGUUCAGUUUAACUGGAGUCAUAUGCAGGAAUAACAGUGUGUGUUUGGAUGGGAGCACAGCAGGAAUGAAGAUGAUGUGGCGCUAGUCUGAUGCUGCGAGACGCAUUUAAACUACAAACGGUGCUGUUUGUGAUGGCUUCAAGACUGUGGAUAAAACUCACACUGAAACGCUGUUCUGUGGUGGCCUUCCUGUCUCUCUUCACUCUGUCAGUGGUGAUGAUAUACACCCUUCCUCCCUUCCCAUCUGACAGGAGCGAGGUGCACCCACUGGGCCCCCGCAAUAACAAACCCAGCAGGCCGGUGGGGAGGCGUUCUCUGACACCUCAUCUUCCAUUACACAGCAGAACCAGGAGUAACCCUGAAGUGAAGGAUUCCACCAAACAUCUCCUGAUGGUCAACCAUCAGCAACUAUCAUUUUCUUCUGGGAAAACAGCAGAGGAAAUUGUGUAUCUAUCAACCAAAAAGCCUCUGAGGUCACGCAAGCAUCAAAGAGUUUCACAGGACAUAAACAAACAUUCAUUUAGUGCCAAAAGAGGGCAAGCCGUUGAUGCAGUCAACAGUAGAGAGCCAAACAUCCAUUUUCUCCGCUCCAGACAUGACCCAGCAUUGCCUCAGUCUGCCAGUAUGCAAAGCCUCCACCCAAAAAACACGACACACAGGCACAAAUGCGCACCAGAUGGGGCCAAAGCGAAGAAGCUCAGGGGGCAUUUUACUCACAAACAGCAGGUGCUAAAACUGAAACAGGCGCCUGGAGAGAAAAGGACACAUGAAAGACUAUCAGAACCUCAUUCUGGAGCAGGAAAUAAGGGUGAGGUUGCAGCAGCGGCCGCCAUGAGAGAGUCCACUGACUGGUGUGAGAUUGUACCCGAUGAGGCUGUCGUUGAAGACUGGAACCAGACCAAAGCUGAGUCUCUGCCCUGGCUCAGUGAGGACGAUGUGAAAAAGAUGAGGCUUCUCUCCAGGGGUGCCGUGAUGAGUAAAGACAGACUUUCAGGCCACGGACAAGUGCUUCGGGUUGGAUUAGAUGACACAAAUGACAUCUUUGCUCCCGCUGGGGCCGAUCAUAUCAAAUGCUGCCAGACAGGAAGCUGUGCUCUCAUCAAACGCCCCAGUGACUGGUUUGAAGUGUUUGCCUUUCACCUGGACAGAGUUCUGGGGCUCAAUCGGAGCCUGCCCGUGGUUUUGAGGACGUUUCAUAGUGAUAUUCUACCGUACAGGUACACCAAUGGGUCUCCCAGACCUGUGGUGUGGUGGGAUCCCGGCAUCCAGCAUCUGUCUGAUGCUGACAAUGACCAGAAUUCAUUCACGCUCACCUGGCCACAAUAUCAGACUUCACUGCAGAGCAGAUGUGGCUCUCAGGUGCCUUUAAAUUUCACAAACUGUGUGGGAGUGCAUCACUCAGAAUGGGGACGACUGGCAUUGUUUGACUUCCUAUUGCAGGUAAAUGACAGACUGGACCGGUACUGUUGUGGAUUCAAACCAGAUCCCUCAGAGCUGUGUGUGGAAAACCUUCUGCAUGUCAAAUGUGGAAACCCAAAGGACUUAAAUCUGGUGCACAUCCUGGUUCGUAAGACAGAACCAUCCAGACUGGUCUUUAUUGACAAUGCAGGCAGACCUUAUCAAGCACAAGACAACCUUAACUUCAGACUGGUUGAAGGUAUUGAUGAGUUUCCAGAGCGGUCCGUUUCUGUGCUGCUGUCAGGAUGUCUAGAAAAGAUGCUUCUGCGGUCUCUGUCUUUGGAUCGGGAAUUCUGGGUGAGCAGAGGAGGCCUGUCUGGACUUAAACCGCUAAUCCGACACGUGGAGCAAAGAGCCAAGGCCCUGCUGCAGCAUAUACGAGAGAAGAAACUGAGACUUAACAGAGACCUUUGAAAUGAAUCAGUUACUGAAGGUCUGUGGAAAUCCCUUGCUUCCAUUUAUUUAAAUUUAACAAUUUUAUUUGUGUGCGUGUGUGUGUGCGUGUGUGCGUGUGUGUGUGUGUUACGGUAUGGGGACAAAAUGUCCCCACAAAAAUGGCAACAUCCAAAAUCCUUGUCCUUGUGGGGACAUUUUUUGGUCCCCAUGAGGAAACAAGCUUAUAAAUGAUACAGAAUUAACUUAACUGUGUGUGUGUGUGUGUGUGUGUGCGUGCGUGCGUGCGUGCGUGCGUGUGUGUGUGUGUUUGGUUUUGAAAGUCAAGACAAUUACACAAGAUGGCUAAAAUGAGUGGAGGCAGUGAGUGUUCAUGGAUUUUUGAGUCUGUUUCACUAAUAAGGGUUGACAAUCCUUGAACUGUGAUUAACUUAUGAGAUGCUCUCAAGAUCUGAGAAAAGAGAUUCCAGAUGGUCAUUUGCAAAGCAAGGCUCAUGCAGGGCUUAUUACUGUGAAGAGACUUCAGACGUGAUGUGAUAACCAGACGUGAUGAUAAGUCACAUGAUGACAAGCAAUUUGUCUGCUGAUAUUGAAUGUGAAACUGAUGCACGACGUGAUAUCACAGCCAAAUAGAAGGUUUGUUUAGUAAUUUACAGCUACCUGUAUGUGGAGCAGGAUUUUGGACCAAUAAGAAUCCAGAAGAAUUUUCUUUCUUCAGUUAAACACAAAUAAUUUUAUAUUAAAAUGCUGUCAUAUUAUUUUUUAAUAUCAUGUUGUUAUUUCUAUUAUCAAAAUGGUGAAGCUUCAAAAAGCACAUCCAUCCAUCAUUAAAUGAAUUAAAAUGACUCCGGUGGGUUAAUAACUGCCUUCUAAAGUGAAACAAUAUCUUCGUGAGAGAAAAAAAAUCUUGUUUUGAGCUUAUUUAUUAAAACUGAAAUGUAAGCAGAUAAAAUAUGGCAAAACAUCGAUAAUUUCAAAUCGCAUUGGUUCACAUGUCUCGUGACAAUUUGUCACAUGCGUGUUUUGUCAUGAGACACAUAGUAGUCAUUGAGAUCUGGAGUUAUAGACGUGUCGCCAUCAGUGGUGGAGCUAGAGUUUUAUAACGGGGUGGCCAGGGGGUGGCCAAGGCUACACUGUAAAACUGUAUGUUGCAACAGGUUUGCCAGUAACUUACUGUAGAUGUAAUUAACCGUUUUAAACAUAAACUUACCCAGUUCUUAUAUUUUCUUUCAUGAAACAAGACUAAAUAUCUUAGGUCACUUUUCUUGUUAUGUAAAUGUAUCGUAAUUUAAGAAGUUUCAAAUCUUUUUACUAAGAAACAAGACAAAAAUGCUUAUGAAGAAUGUAAUUUUUGCAGUGUUGCUGUGCUAAUGCCAGUCUCUUCUUGCUCAUUUUGAAUCUCAAAAGUCAAAGUCUUUUAAUUCUGGUUAAAGUAAAGUUUUACUCAAAUUGAAAACAGUACUAAUAGGAAAGUCAUCAAAUCUACAGUAAGAUACUGGCAAAUCUGCUGCAAAAUAUAGCAAAGUUUUACAGUGAACUUUAGGGGGUCCACGGACCAUGACAGAAAAUUAGUGUGUAACCCUGACCUGGCAUCGAAUUAUAAAUAAAUCCCAGGAUUGAUGGGUAUGAAGUGAUAAUUUACAAGUACCUCGGUCUAAGUGUAAUAAAUGUGACAAAUGUAUCUAAAAUCUUACCCUGACGUAAUGAGAUUCAUGUAAUUCUAAAUGUAUAUAGAUGAUAUAAAUUAUAAAAUAAAAAUGUCAAAAACAUAGUUUAACCCUGAUAACUUGUUUAAUUUACACACAAACAAAGCAAGUGGUAACCAGGCCAAUGAAUGUGAAACUAUACAACUGUGGUGUGUAGUAAAACUAUAAGCGCUCUUAGAAGAACCUCAGCUGGGUUGGGGCUGGCAAAGCUCACAGUUGGGCACAAAGACUCUGAAUUUAUGCUGUAAUACGUUGUGUUUAUCAUAAUGUAACAAGGCUCUAAAUAAAGUUUCUG